UGAUCCCGCGAACUUCAAAAUAAAACCAACAAAAUCUUUAAGAAGUAAGAGAAAAGAAUUUCUCCAUGAACCAAAUGUUGGUUGUGUUUUGAAUCUUUUGAUUAGAGCGAAAUCGGAGCCAUGGAGAAUUCGAGCUUCACUAAUUCUCAGGUUAUGCAUUCUUCGUUCUUGCAUUUGCCGUCUUCAGAGCCGCCUGAUAUCAGGAACUGGUUCUCGAGCUAUGAAUAUGAAUCUCCCGAACUUGAUUCAAAUGACAAUUUUGGAGAUUCAAUUUCGAGAGAGAGAGAAUUUGAGGUCAAGGAAGAUGAGCAGACUGCGGGAGAGUUUAGGGAUGUUACUAAGAUUGGAGAAGAAGAAGCUUCUGAGAAGCUUCCCGGAACUUGGAUUCCUUUGAAAUGCACUUCAAGGGAAGAUCAUCGUGAAAGCCAGCCUUUAGGCAUGAAUCAAGAUUCUUGGUGCUCCCAGUCGCUUCUGUCAGAGCCUCCUGAUGUUGGGAACUGGUUUUCAAGUUAUGUGUACGAAUCCCCUACAUUGAAUUUAAGCCAGGAAUUUGGGUAUUGUGAGAGUAAGAAAACUGGACUCGGCCAUGAAAUAGAAGAGACUUUGGAGAAGGUUAGAAAGACCGAAAAUGGAGGUGCAGGAGUACAGUUGAACCUAUUCGAGAAAUGCAAUGGCAAUUCCACGGGCAACAGGCAGGAUAAUCAGCUCCCAAGCGAGCAGAAUUUGUUUUCUGAAAGAACUUCGGAACAAAACCCAAAAGAGAAAACUGUGGGAACCAACGAAAUCAGUCCAACCAAAGAAGUUCCGAUCUCAAGCCUAACUACUGAAGAUCCUCAAUAUAAGUUACAAAAGAAAGUUUUGCAAGAUAAUGGUUUUGUGCCACUGCAUAUAAAUGGAAGUUUUAAUGAUGAUAAUAAGAAGCCUGCAACUCAUACAAAUUUGAUACAUAAGAUUGAUCUCAUGCUGGAAAGUUCUGAAAAUAAAAGUGAGGUCCAACCCCAACUUAAUGGCUCAUCAGCUGGAAAUGAUGUGCCUUCCGUCUUUACCAAUGAACAGUCAGUAAGAGAACCAAUUGAUCUAAGCCACAACAAAGAAAACAAAGAAAACAAAGCAAACAAAGAGAAAGGAAUUUCAUAUGUUGGUUUUAUUACAGCAAACAAGCGUGGCUUUUCUGAAGCAAGUUGCAAGAAAUCAGUGAAAAUGCAAGAAAACUACAAUGAUAAAGAGGCAGGAAGUGCUUUUGCUUGUUUAAGAAGAAAGGCGUUGUCAGACAAAACCAAUUCUGAGCAAUCUAAUAUUAUAGAGAUAAUUGGGAAAUGGAGUUGUCCUCAGAAGAGUAAGCCAAAUCUUGGACCGCCAUUGAAGCAGCUUCGACUUGAGCGAUGGGUUCACAAGAAAUAGAACUUGUCCUUGGCUCAAUGAUAAAGAUGGAAAAUUUUCCAAUUAUAUAUAAACAAAAUGAUAUAUCUACUCGUGACACGACUUGAUAUUAAUGGGAGUGCUCCCAAUAUGAUUAUGGUAUGCAAAUCUUCUCAUUGUGAUAGCAUAUCUUCUGUAUAUACUUUUGUUGUAAGCUAUAAGUAGAAAAAGAAACACUGGCAAGAAAGUGAUGGAGGCUUUUGCAGAAAAGGUUUCUCACUGAUGUUUCAUUUCCAUGAAAUUCAAUCAUAUCAAGCAGAGAGUUUCAAACUCAAGACAAAAGGAUGAUAUCUGUAUAAUAGCUUCAAAUGGUAAGUCCAACUUUGCACUUCCAACCUUUGGGUUUCUUCUAUUGUAAAUGGUUACUAGCUUGUAAAUUUUUGUUCUCUUUCAAUUUUUAGUUUAACAAGUGGCAUGAGGAGAUUCAAACUUUUUUUUACCUCAUGAUUGAUGGUAUAUACUUUAACCAGUUGAAUUAUGUUUAUAUGUGUUAGAAUGUCUCAAAUUUGUUAGCUGACACUUAUAACAACUAAGUACAUGGUCUCAUUUCAGAACUCAUAUUUAGAACAUUUAAUUAUUUAUGGUUAUUUACGAUUAUGACUUUAGAGUUUAGAGAAUACACCAUAUAAUCUCUCUAACUCUUAGUGGUGCCGUUUUGUAUUAAAAAAAUAUCAUCUCUAAUAAUAUUAUUCUCUCUGUCUCGUGGAUGUAGCUAACAAACGGUUAGUGAACCAUGUAUAUCUGUGUUGAUCUUUCUUUACGUUUCUUUUGUAUUUUUAAUUGUCGGUUUUGUAACAAUAUGGUUCAUUUUUUAUCUUUUAAAUCUCGACCUCCUAAUUUUUAUAUAUAUAUUGCUUUAUUUAGGUUAA